AUGAGUACACCGUCAGAGAACCUACAGCCUGCCCCAUGGCGCGAUAUCCUUAGCUCUCAUCUCGAACAAACACCUGGAUAUAAAUUCACAAUUGCAACAAUUGGCUACAAUGCUCAACAGCGUCCUGUACCUCGCGUGCGAACCUGCGGCUGUCGUGGUUUCUUCCCAGAACUCGAGCUCCACCAUAAGGGCCAGGAAGCUAUGGAUCAGCAGGUGGAAGGUGGUGGCAAUCCACCCGUGUUCGAAAGUGACAUGCUGUCAUUUACCACCGAUGCUCGAAUGGACAAGCUUCCUCAGCUGGAGUCCUCUGGUCACGCGAUUGAAGCAGUGUUCUGGCUAAAGGAUCUCAUGACUCAGUGGCGCAUCAAGGGGACGGCAUAUGCAAUCGGCAACCCAAGUGGAGAGGAUGCAGAGGAAGAGAAGACUUCUCGAAAUGAGAUAAGAAAAGCAUUAAGGGUCAAGGGGGUAAUGACAGUGACGUCGCAAAGUGGACAUGGGAAAAGGCUGUCACAAAAUACUUUGCAAACCACUCCCCUAUCGCAAGAGGUUCUUUCCGAAACCCUCACCCUGGACAACCUAGAUCCUCAACUCCCAGCCAACCGGAUCUCAAACUAG